ACUCUCAACUUCAACUUCAACUUCAGCUUCACCUUCAAACAAAAUUCACACACACACACACCAAAAAAAAAAAAAAAACAAAACCCAAAAUCAAAGUAUUUGACCAUUGCUCACGCCGAAGACCCACACAAUAGAAAAGUCCAUUUUUUCUUGCACAAAGGAAUUUCAGUUUUGAUUGUAAUCUUGAAGGUAAAAGAAGUUGGAUCCUAAGCAGAAGGUCGUGAUGUGCUGAUUAUUGUUUUUUGGAGAAGGGGUGAUUCUUGCCUGAUUUGCUGGACUAUUAUAAAGAAAUCUUAUUAAAUAAAUCUGCUAAUGCAAGCCUCAUAGCAUGGACUCACGCCAGUUAUUUGGAAUUGGAGUGACUAGUGCAGGCAUAUCCUUCACAUCUUCUCAUCCCACUGUUCCAUCAACACCUAGUAGACUACUUGGAUCCUUGAAGUUUGAUUUUGGAAACUCACCAAAUUCACCCUUUUCGUCUCACUUUGAUUCUGAUACUGCUUUAAGUGACGGCCAGGAGCAGCACAGUUCCACAGAGAAUCUAUCAGGAGUCAGCCCUUCCUGUAAUUCUUCGCUUGAAAGCAACAGUUAUUUUUAUCGGCCAAGGCCUUCUCUAGACUGUCAUCAAGACAGUCAAGAGCUCCAUUCAGGUGGGGCUUGUUUUAUACAGGAUGCAAAUUGUAGCCCGAACAUAAAGCACGUUUUACUGGAUAUAGAAACUGCUUUAAUGGGUCCUGAUGAUAGUGAAGAAGUCACUACAAGGGAAAUUAAUACACCAGAGACACCUGUCCAAAGAUCUAGGUCAUGGAGUCAGGAACCACAAGGGGUAAAUGUAUUUCACUCUCAGCCAUCAUUUGUUCCUAUGCAACAAUCAGUUGAGGUUGUUCAUGUAGAGAAACGUCAUAAAGCAAUGGAUGAAUUGUCUUUGCAGGGUUUUGCCCAGGGGAAUCUUAAGCAAUUGCUGACUGCAUGUGCUAAAGCUCUCUCUGACAACAGGAUGGAUGAUUUUGAUAAGUUGACUGAAAAGGCUAGAGAUGCUGUGUCUAUCACAGGAGAACCAAUCCAGCGUCUUGGUGCUUACAUGGUUGAAGGGUUGGUAGCAAGGAAGGAGGCAUCAGGGACUAACAUUUACCAUGCUCUUAAGUGUAGGGAGCCUGAAAGCAAGGACUUGCUUUCAUACAUGCAUAUCCUUUAUGAAAUCUGCCCCUACUUAAAAUUUGGUUACAUGGCAGCCAAUGGGGCCAUUGCUGAUGCAUGCAAAAAUGAGGACCGCAUCCACAUCAUAGAUUUUCAGAUUGCUCUGGGAACCCAGUGGAUGACUCUCCUUCAAGCGCUUGCAGCACGACCUGGAGGGGCUCCCCAUGUUCGGAUUACAGGGAUUGAUGACCCUAUGUCCAAGUAUGCCCGUGGUGAUGGGUUGGAGGCAGUAGGGAGACGGUUGGCAGCCAUUUCUGCGAAAUUUAACAUCCCAGUUGAGUUUCACGGGGUGCCAGAAUUUGCUCCAGAUAUCACACGGGAUAUGCUUAAUGUCAGGCCUGGUGAGGCAUUGGCUGUAAACUUCCCUCUGCAGCUCCAUCACACCCCAGAUGAGAGUGUUGAUGUGAACAAUCCAAGAGAUGAGCUUCUAAGAAUGAUAAAGUCACUUUCUCCCAAGGUGGUCACUCUGGUGGAGCAAGAAUCAAACACAAACACAACCCCUUUCUUCCAUAGGUUUGUGGAAACUCUAGAAUACUACUUGGCAAUGUUUGAAUCAAUCGAUGUCACCCUGCCAAGAAACAGCAAGGAGCGUAUCAAUGUGGAGCAGCAUUGUUUGGCCAGGGAUAUCGUGAACAUUAUUGCUUGUGAGGGAAAGGAGAGGGUGGAGCGUCAUGAGCUCUUUGGCAAGUGGAAGUCUAGAUUGACAAUGGCAGGGUUUCGCCAAUAUCCAUUGAGCACCUAUGUCAAUUCUGUGAUAAAGAGCCUGCUGAGGUGUUAUUCAGAACAUUAUAAUCUAGUGGAGAAGGAUGGGGCUAUGCUCUUGGGCUGGAAAAACAGGAAUCUGAUAUCCGCUUCUGCUUGGCAAUGAUAAUAGGGGGAGACAGGUGUAGAGUUAGUCAUGGAAAUAAACACUUAUACUUUUUAAAGGUUCUUGAUAUUGAGAUUGUUACAUAGUAUAGAAGGGUGAUAUGCUGCAAAAUCAGCCAAUGGAUUUAUUAUGUAAUUUUGUGUAUUGUUGCCAAGUAUUCCAAUGUCUGACAUUUGUGAUGAUUUUGUAUUUCCAUUCCACCGAGGCUAUCACCUCUGUUCUUUUAUACAUAUACUUUCUCGUGUUUUAUUU